AUGAGUUUCUUUAGGCAAGUCAGACUUCUACUCUGGAAGAACUGGAUCCUCCGGAAAAGACAAAAGCUUCGCUUUCUGGUGGAGCUUAUAUGGCCUCUUUCUUUAUUUCUUGCCCUUGUCUGGCUGAGGAAAGCUAAUCCACUGUAUCGCCAACAUGAAUGUCACUUCCCAAACAAGGCAAUGCCAUCUGCAGGAACACUGCCAUGGUUACAUGGCAUCUUCUGUAACAUGAACAACCCCUGUUUCCACAGCCCAACCCAUGGAGAGAGUCCAGGUGUUGUGUCCAACUAUAACAAUUCCAUCCUCGCGAGGGUAUAUAAAGAUGCACAGGAGCUCUUACUGGAAGCCCCUGAAAUCCGUGACCUUGGCAGAAUCUGGGAAGAACUGAACAUUAUGACUCAGUUUAUGGAAACAAUGAGAACUAAUCCUGAAAGAAUUGCAGGAAGAGGAAUACGAAUUCUAGACAUUUUGAAAGAUGGGGAGACCCUCACUUCCUUCUUGCUGGAAGAUGCUGGUCUCCCAGAUAUUGUUGUUUUCCAGCUUAUUAAUGCUCAAGUGCGCCCUGAACAGUUUGCCUACGGUGUCCCUAAUUUGACUCUGAAGGACAUUGCUUGCAGUCAGAUGCUCCUGGACCGCUUUAUUAUCUUCAGUAGCCGAAGAGGUCUCCCUUCUGUGCACAAGGCCAUGUGUGCCUUGUCCCAGGAAAGCCUACAGAGAGUAGAAGAUGCCUUGUAUGCAAAUGUCGAUUUCUUUAAGCUAUUUCAGCUGCUUCCCACUGUGUUGGACAGAAACUCACCAGGGGCUGACCUUAAGGCCUGGGGUAGGGUGCUGUCUAAUGUUUCCCAGGCCGUGCAAAAGCUAGCCAGGAAGUCAAGUGUUCAGGACCUUUUGAUGGUUCUGCAGCCAUUUGUACAAGAUGGAAUGCCGGAAUCUUUAGGCCACUUGGUGAGCUCCCUGUCUGAUCUUUUCUGUGGCUACCCAGAAGGAGGUGGAUCCAGAGUGUUUUCCUUCAACUGGUAUGAAGAUAAUAACUAUAAAGCUUUCCUGGGGAUUGACUCAACAAAGAAAUCCACUUAUCUUUAUGAUAAUACAACCACACCCUUUUGUAAUGCACUGAUCCAGAACUUGGAAUCAAACCCUUUGACCAAAAUAGCCUGGAGUGCUGUGAAGCCCCUGCUGAUGGGAAAAAUUCUCUUUACUCCUGAUUCACCUUCUGUACGGCAAAUCCUAAAAAAUGCAAACUCCACUUUUGAGGAACUUGAACGCCUCAGACUGUUGACCAAAGCUUGGGAAGAAGUAGGACCUCAGCUGUGGCACUUCUUUCAAAACAGCCUGCAAAUGAAUAUGAUCCGUGAUUCUCUGAAGCACCCUACAGUGAGGGACUUCUUGAACAGCCAGCUGGGUGCUGAAGGCUUAACCGCUGAAGACAUCAUCAACUUUCUCCACAAUGGGUCUCCAGGGAGCAGGGAGAAGGGAAUGGCAGACUUUGACUGGCGGAAUAUCUUCAGUGCUGCAGACCAAGCUCUGCGUUUGCUCAGUCAGUAUCUGGAGUGCUUGACCUUGGAUAAAUUUGAAGGUUAUCUUGACGAAACUCAACUGACUCACCAAGCCCUUCAUCUACUGGAGGAAAACAAAUUCUGGGCUGGUGUGGUUUUUCCAGACAUAGAGCCUACAGCCAGCAGUCUUCCAGCGCUUGUGAAAUACAAGAUCCGGAUGGACAUAGAUGCAGUGGAGAAAACAAACAAAAUCAAAGACAGGUACUGGGAUCCUGGCCCAAGAGCUGAUCCUGUGGAUGAUUUACGUUAUAUCUGGGGAGGCUUUGCGUAUCUCCAAGACAUGAUUGAGCAUGGGAUUAUAAAGACCCAGACCAACACUGAAGUGCCAUUAGGAAUUUAUCUGCAGCAAAUGCCAUAUCCAUGUUUUGUGGAUGAUGUCUUCAUGAUCACCUUAAACCGCGCCUUUCCCAUCUUCAUGGUGCUAGCUUGGAUAUAUUCAGUUUCCAUGAUUGUGAAGAGUAUAGUGCUGGAGAAGGAAAUGCGUCUGAAAGAGGCUAUGAAGAACAGGGGUAUAUCUAAUGGGGUGAUUUGGUGCACUUGGUUCCUAGACAGCUUCACCAUGAUGGCUGUGAGCACGUUCCUCCUCACAGCACUGAUUAUGUGCGGACAAGUACUACAUUAUAGUAGUCCACUUCUCUUCUUUCUAUUUCUACUGACAUUCACCACAGCCACCAUAAUGCAGUGUUUCUUGUUCAGCACCUUCUUCUCCAAAGCAAAUCUGGCAGCUGCCUGCAGUGGAGUCAUCUACUUCACCUUGUACCUGCCCCACAUUGUCUGCUUUGUCUGGCAAGACCGCAUGACUAUUAAUCUGAAGAUCCUAGCAAGUUUGCUUUCUCAAGUAGCUUUUGGUUUUGGUACAGAAUACUUGUCACGCUAUGAAGAGCAAGGUCUUGGCCUACAGUGGGGUAACAUCAGAACCAGUCCCUUGGAAGGAGAUGAAUAUAGUUUCCUUUUUUCCAUUAAAAUGAUGCUUUUUGAUGCAUUUCUCUAUGGAAUAAUUUCUUGGUAUCUUGAUAAUGUUUUUCCAGGGGACUACGGGCUACCGCAGCCUUGGUAUUUUCCUGUGCAGGAAUCUUACUGGCUCGAGUUGGAAGGCUGUGUGGAUCAGAAGGCCAUGGAAGGGGAAAAAAAUGAAAGCGGAACAAAGGAAUCUGAAGAACCUGAAAAGCCAGAAGAAAAGAUAAAUACGUUCUUUGAGCCUGAGCCAACAGGGCUGAUUCCAGGAGUGUGCAUUCAGAACCUGGUGAAGAUUUUUGCGAACAGGCCCAAGCCAGCAGUAGAUGGGAUGAAUAUUACUUUUUAUGAGGACCAGAUCACAGCCUUCCUUGGUCACAAUGGAGCAGGAAAGACAACCACCAUGUCGAUACUGACAGGCCUCUUCCCACCCACCUCUGGAACUGUGCUGAUUGGAGGCCUGGAUAUUCAAACUCACAUGGACUCCAUUCGGCACAGAUUAGGCAUGUGCCCUCAGUACAACAUCUUAUUCAAUCACCUUACUGUAGCAGAGCACAUCUUGUUUUAUUCUCAACUGAAAGGGAGAUCCAGGGAUGAAGCUGAGCAAGAGUUGGAAACAAUGCUAGAAGACACGGGCCUCGCCCAUAAAAGGAAUGAAGAGGCUCAGAAUUUGUCAGGUGGAAUGCAAAGGAAACUGUCUGUUGCCAUUGCUUUUGUGGGUGAAGCAAAAGUGGUAGUCUUGGAUGAGCCCACUUCUGGAGUUGAUCCAUAUUCCAGGCGAUCUAUCUGGGAUCUUCUGCUGAAGUAUCGCUCAGGCAGAACCAUCAUCCUCUCAACCCAUCACAUGGAUGAGGCAGACAUCCUUGGAGACAGAGUGGCCAUCAUAUCCCAAGGGAAACUCUUCUGCUCAGGCUCUCCUGUAUUCCUAAAGAACUGCUUUGGGUCUGGCUUCUAUCUCACUCUUGUUCGCAAGAUGAAAGACACCAGAAUUGGAAGGGCUACAUCGCUUUGUAGCUGUGGAUCUCAGUGUUCCUGCUCCUGCUCCAGCUGUGCACGCAGGGACAAAGAAGGAACUCCAGAGCAGGAACUAGAUGGAGAUCUGAAUGAGCUAGCAGAAGUAAUUCACCAUCAUAUCCCAGAAGCAAAAUUAAUUGAAAGCAUUGGUCAGGAACUCAUUUACCUUUUGCCCAAUAAACACUUUAAACAGCGAUCUUAUGCCAGUCUCUUCAGAGAACUGGAGGAAACAUUGGAUGACCUGGGACUCAGCAGUUUUGGAGUUUCAGACACACCACUUGAAGAGGUUUUCCUAAAGGUCACAGCAGAAGCUGACCCUGGAAUGCAAAAAGCAGGAGACACUCAAGAAAAUGGUUCUACUCUUGACAAAACUACUGAGAACAAACCAGCUGAACAAACUGCACUGAAAACUAAUGACACUUCUCGAAUGCCAGUAGGCAUAGCAGGAGAUCAAAAUGAAGGCAAAGGGUCGCGACAGUAUAAAGGUUUUCAGCUUAUACAUCAGCAGAUCAAAGCACUGCUCAUCAAACGGUUUCACCAUGCCUCCCGCAGCCACAAGGACUUCCUAGCCCAGAUUGUUCUCCCUGCUAGUUUUGUGUUGCUGUCUUUAAUACUUACAGUCAUUAUUCCUCCGUUUGGAGAAUAUCCCGCCUUAACCUUACACCCUUGGAUCUAUGGACAACAGUUUACUUUCUUCAGCAAUGAGCGUCCUGGCAGUGAGCAGAUGGUCUCCCUGACUGAUGCUUUCUUGAAUAAACCAGGAUUUGGAAAUCGCUGCAUGAAGAAUCAGCCUCUUCCGAACUACCCAUGCAAUGAUAUGCCAACUGCCUGGAACACACCUGCUGUUCAGCCUAACCUAAGCAGCCUCCUGCUGAGCCAGAAGUGGAGCCCUGAGAAUCCUUCACCUUCCUGCAAGUGCAGUACUCACAAGAAACUCACUAUGCUGCCAGAAUGCCCUGCAGGUGCAGGAGGCCUCCCGCCACCGCAGAGAGUGCAGCACAGCACAGAAAUUCUUCAAGAUCUGACACACAGAAAUAUUUCAGAUUUUCUGGUGAAAACAUAUCCCACUUUGAUAAAAGGGAGCUUGAAGAGCAAAUACUGGGUCAAUGAGCAAAGAUAUGGAGGAAUUUCUAUAGGAGGAAGGCUCCCAGUCCUUCAUGUUUCUGGAGAUCAAGUUGUCAAUUUUUUAAGUGAUCUUGGCCGAAUGAUGAAUGUGACAGGAGGACAAAGUUCACUGGCUGCUGCUAAAGAAAUUUCUAAUUUUCUUAAAUACAUGGAAACUGAAGAUAAUAUUAAGGUGUGGUUUAACAAUAAAGGCUGGCAUGCUAUGGUUAGUUUCCUUAAUGUAGCCAAUAAUGCAAUCCUUAGAGCUAACCUGCGGACUGGCCAAGCUGCUGAGGAAUAUGGGAUCACUGCUAUAAACCAUCCUCUGAAUCUCACUAAGGAGCAACUCUCUGAAGUCACUGUGUUGACCACUUCAGUGGAUGCUGUUGUUGCUAUCUGUGUCAUUUUUGCUAUGUCCUUCAUACCAGCUAGUUUUGUUUUAUACCUUAUUCAAGAACGUGUAACAAAAGCCAAGCAUCUACAGUUUGUCAGUGGUGUGAGCCCUGUGACCUACUGGCUAACCAACUUCAUGUGGGACAUAGCGAAUUAUGCACUGAGUGCUGGAAUGGUUGUGGUUAUAUUCGCUGGAUUCAACAAGAAAGCAUACACUUCUCCGACUAAUCUCCCUGUGCUUGUUGCCUUGCUGCUUCUGUAUGGAUGGGCAAUAAUUCCCAUGAUGUACCCUGCUGCUUCUUUCUUCAGUGUCCCUAGCACUGCUUAUGUUGCAUUGUCUUGUAUUAAUCUCUUUGUGGGGAUCAACAGCAGUGCCAUUACAUUCAUCCUGGAGUUAUUUGAAAAUAACCCGUCUUUGCUGAAGUUUAAUAAAAUAUUGAAAAACGUGCUGAUUGUCUUCCCACAUUUUUGCCUGGGCCGUGGACUCAUUGACUUGGCCAUGAACCAAGCUGUGACUGAAGUAUAUGCCAGGUUUGGUGAGGAGCAUGUUUCUGAUCCUUUUCAAUGGGACUUUGUUGGAAAGAACCUGGUUGCCAUGGCUGUUCAAGGGUUUGCAUUCUUCGUUCUGAAUCUCCUGAUGCAACACCGUUUGUUCACCACAAGAUGGUUUGCUGAGAAUGCCAUGUCACCUAUUAUUGGUGAAGAUGAGGAUGUUGCAGAAGAAAGAAAAAGAAUUAUGAGUGGAGGGAACAAAACACAUAUCUUAGAAUUACAAGAACUGACCAAGAUUUAUGCAGGUAGGCACAAGCCUGCAGUGGACAGACUCUGUGUUGGCAUCCGUCCCGGAGAGUGCUUUGGUCUUUUGGGAGUGAAUGGCGCUGGCAAAACAACAACAUUCAAAAUGCUGACUGGAGACACUGACGUGACAUCUGGAGAUGCUGUAGUGGCUGGCAAUAGUAUAUUGACCCACAUUUCUAAUGUCCAUCAAAACAUGGGAUACUGCCCUCAGUUUGAUGCCAUUGAUGACCUGCUCACGGGACGAGAACAUCUCUACUUAUAUGCACGCCUGCGGGGAGUUCCAGCAGAGGAAAUCAAGAGGGUUGCUGAAUGGGGCAUCCAGAAGCUGGGACUUCUUAUGUAUGCAGACCACCUGGCUGGCACCUACAGUGGUGGCAACAAGCGCAAGCUCUCCACUGCCAUUGCACUGAUAGGCUGCCCACCACUCGUCUUGCUAGAUGAACCGACUACUGGAAUGGACCCUCAGUCGCGCCGCCUCCUGUGGGACUCUAUUGUCAGCGUGCUCAGAGAUGGGCGAGCUGUGGUUUUAACCUCACACAGUAUGGAAGAAUGUGAAGCCCUCUGUACUCGUUUAGCCAUCAUGGUAAAAGGUACCUUCAAAUGCUUGGGCACAAUUCAGCAGCUAAAAUACAAGUUUGGAGAUGGCUACAUUGUCACUCUGAAAAUCAAAGCUCCAAAGUCUGGGCUGCCUCCAGAUCCUACUCCUGCUGAGCAAUUCAUACGCAUGAACUUCCCAGGGAGUUUACAGAGAGAGAAACACUACAACAUGCUGCAGUAUCAGAUUUGCUCCUCCUCUCUGGCUAAGAUUUUUCAGUUAAUAAUCUCCAAUAAGGAAAACUUGCAUAUUGAAGAAUAUUCUGUGUCUCAAACAACUUUAGAUCAGGUUUUUGUGAACUUUGCUAAACAGCAGAUGGAGGAUGAGGAAAUUCCUUUGCAUCCCCGUGCAGCUGGAGCCAGCAGAGAAGCAAAGGUGUCCCCUUCUUUGCAUCAGCAGGCAGUUGCAUAGACCAUUUCUA